UGUUUUUUAAUGAAUAAAUAAAUAAGUAAAUAAAUAGUUUAAUUAUUUUAAUGCGAAUUAAUUUUUUUUUCAGGUUUAAAUUAUAGGUGCAAUAUAUGACAGUAAGGAGAAGAAGAAAAUUAAAUUGUGCAUUGAGGUUAAAAAUUCCAACCAUACGGCAAGUCAUAAUAAAUUUGACACAUACCAUAAGGAAACGAGCGACACCAGUUCGGAAAAUUAAUUAGGAUAAAUAUUGUCUUGAAAUUUUAUUUUGAGGUUAGUUUUAAUGUUUAAUUAUUGUUUAUAGUAAUAAAUAGGUAUAUUUUUUUCUCUUGUUUCUAACUCUAUAUGUAGGCUUCUCAUGGAAACAUUGUUUUAUUAUAAAUUUUUUUUUAAAUUUAAAAUUAACCUUAGAAGAAUAGAAAAUGUUGACAAAGAAACCAAAGAAAUUACAGUUCCUCUACGGGUGACUUGUCUAAACAGAUAAUCUUUGAUUCGCUGCUUUUUUGACAAAAUGGUUACUAAAAUAUUAUUUUGAAUAAUUUAGCCCAUUUGCUGAAAAACAAUUUCUUGGAUAAACUCAUUUUAUUAAGUAAACGUUUGUGUAAAGCCACAUUAUAUCGAAUGAAAUUUAUAUGGAUUUAACGUUUGACAUAAUUUGUAAUUUUGAUCAAAUUACAUUUUGGACUUUUUAAAAACGGGGAUAUACAGGCGCCCCAAUCAAAUAUGUUCGCUCUCGACUGUGUAUUAAACGUUUUAAAAUGCGCGGUUCAUUUCGCUAAUAAGAUCAUUUUUGUAGCGCAAGCAGUUGCGUUUGGUGAGGGUACCUGGCAGCACUGACUCGUACGUAAAAGAAUUUAAAUUUUUCAACGAAUUGAUUCAGUCGUGAAACUACCGGAGCCAACGUUACCUCACAUCGUUUCCUCGCCUAUUCUUUAAUUAUUUUUCUUCUUUAAUUAUCAAAAUACAAAUCACGUACACAAUUCAAUUAUGAUAACACGACAUAGAAGUUGGAACGUCUACCUUUUGACAAUGUGCUUUCUCAUUGAGGCUCGCGUGUCUGGCCAUGGAAGACUGAUGGAUCCACCGGCUCGCAAUAGUAUGUGGCGAUUUGGCUUUCCAAAUCCCGUCAAUUACAACGACAAUGAACUUUUCUGCGGUGGUUAUGCAGUGCAAUGGGUGCAGAAUAAAGGAGAAUGCGGGAUUUGUGGAGAUGCUUAUCAUUUGCCUGAUCCGAAACCUCACGAAGCUGGUGGAGAUUAUGCAAAAGGGACGAUUGUUAGACACUACACCGUUGGCGAGGAAAUCGAUGUUGAAAUAGAACUCACAUCCAAUCACCAGGGAUAUUUUGAAUUACAUCUCUGCCCUAAUAACAAUCCUCAUAAAGAAGCAUCCCAAGAAUGUUUCGAUAGGUAUCCUCUCUAUGUGUCUGGCACGAAUGACGUCCGAUUCGAAAUUCCUCCUGACACGGAAAAAAAGGCAAUUUUUCGAUACAAAGUGGACUUACCGCCUUUCAUCACUUGCUCUCAAUGUGUUAUCCAAUGGAAUUAUUAUACAGGGAACAUGUGGGGAACUUGUGAUAAUGGCACAGAAGCUGUUGGAUGUGGUAGACCCGAAACUUUUAGAAAUUGUGCAGACGUUAGUAUAAUUACAAGCACUGGUGGAGUACCUCCAUUAUUUGUUGAAGAGGACAAUCCAUUCCUUCUCUACUAUAGGGAAUACGAUUCACCGAAUAACAUUUUCCCUUUAAUUAUCAGAUCUCAAGUUUGUGUCGCAACGAAACUAUACAGAGGAUUACCUGGAAUGGCUGGUUGGUGUCAAACAAAUUGCCUCAGAUAUCCUCCAAAUUGUCCAGAAUCGAUAUGCAAUUGCCCACAAACUUGUGACGCUAUUGGAGAACUAGAAGGAAAAGAAGGUGCAGACCAAUAUUGUUUAGACAAAUGUCUCGCAUAUCCAUCGAAAUGUCCCUCUCAUCGUUGUCGUUGCUACUGAAUUUUCCAUUCAAUUUAUUCACACGAAUAUUGUUCAUUUCAAUGGACAUAAAGUCUUUAAAUAAAUUAAUAUAACAUUAAUUUAUUUAAAGUCCCCCAUUCAAUUUGCCAUAAAAUUCAAUAACCAUCCAAGUUUCUCGCGAAUAGCGACGAUAUUUUACAAAAUCGCUCCUAUAACUUGGUAUAUAUAUUGACAACAUGAGUCCCUCAAUUGAGACCUUAUCACUUCCAUGGAUCGAUUUAAGCGCUUUCGCUUCAAUGUCUGAAAAUAAACUUUAAAAAAAUAUAUAUAUAAAGUUCCUUUAAUUCAAUAUAUAUUUUUUCACGACUAUGAGCAAGCGAAAAAAUAUUGACAUCGUAAAAAAGUUUUAUUUUUCAUAAAAAAAAGGACAAUUUCAUUUUUUCUCAUUAAAAUUUCCUUCAAUGAAGAAAAGAAAUAAAAAAUAUAAAUACAGUCAAUAGCAGAAC